AUGGCCGAAUUUCCGCAUUUUGGCGAGCACUGCGGCGUCGAAAUAUGCAAUCAAUUAGAUUUUCUUCCAAUCAAAUGCGACAUGUGCUCCGGAUUUUUCUGCCUUACCCACUAUGUCUAUGAAGCUCACAACUGCGCACACGCCUAUAAAAGGAAUGUACAAGUUCCUGUGUGCCCACUUUGCAAUCAGCCGGUACCGACACCGAAAAACGUCAACGCCGAUUUUCAGAUAAAUACUCACAUAGAGAAUAAUUGCGAUAUUGUGAAAGAGGCGAAAAUUUACACAAAUCGAUGCUCGGUGAAGGGGUGCAAAAAGAAAGAGCUCAUUCCCGUCGUCUGUCCGGAUUGUAAACUCAACUAUUGCCUACGUCAUCGUCACGAAAAGGAUCAUAAUUGUGAGGAAUUGAAAGCGAAUCUCAAGAAAAAUGAGGCGGGAAUUUUCCGGAAUCCAUUCUCUUUGUUCAAAUCUCAAGUCGAUAAUUGUUCAGCGCAAGCCAGAAAAUCGGCUGCCAAUGACGAGCAACUCGCCAGAGCCCUUCAACAAGAGGAAUAUGAAUCGGCUCAACCCGGAGGUCAACAGCGAUCGUCGCGAAACCAGGGAUGCUCUGUAUCAUAA